AUGCGUCGGCUGAUAGCAAAUUUAUUCGCAUUACCACUUGUUCCCAUCGAUCAAAUUGGUCCGCUAUCUGCCGAUACGCAUGAUCUAGUCCCAGCUGAUAUGACUGCUAUACAGAAGAUGUUUGAUUACGUUUGUGAAACAUAUAUCGAAGAAAAUGAUUUUACGCAGAAAUUCUGGAAUUUGUAUGAUCAGUUUGAUUUAGGUCCGAAAACUAAUAAUGCUGUAGAAGGUUAUCAUCGUAAACAAAAUUCACGUGUUCCAGCUCAUCCAAACAUUUAUCGGUGGAUCGAGCAAAUUUGUAAAGAAGAAGAUUAUGCUCGCUGUCGUGGCAUCUUAGAAGUAGGUAGUGGUGUAACAUCCAAAAAACGGCGAAAAGAAGACGAAGACGCUGAUUUCGAUUUGUGUGUAGCCAAAACGGCAUUAGCUAUUGGCGAAAUAGAGUUUGAAGAUUAUCUUCAUCAAGUAAGACGCGUAGCAUAUAAGUAUAUUUUUGAGGUUGGUGGAAAAAAGGACGUUUAA